UUUAAUGGAAAAAAUUCAGCAUGUCUAUAACGAUUUAAGAGAUAGCAACGAAAUUGCUAUUGCAGAAGAAUAUGGAAAUAAUGCAAAACAGUAUACGGUUAUGCUUACAACUUAUCUGUAUUUAUGAGUACCUCUCUAUGGUUGGAGUUCAGUGAUAUUGUAUUAUCUACAAACGUAUCUCGAUCACAUCAUCUGCAGAUCUCCACCGAAUAUUUUAUCGAUCAACAAAGAUAUUUCUAUUUACCGUAUUUCCAUAUAAAUGCAACUUUUACUAUAGGAUGCGUAGUAAUAUGCGGGACAGGAUCAUUGCUUAUUGCAUAUCUUCAACAUGUUUGUGGAAUGUUUAAAAUUGCUAGUUAUCGUAUCAAGAGAGCUAUACAUACUUACACAUCAAAAAAUCUUAAUACGCAGAAAGAGAUAUUGAUUUAUAAAGAUCUAAUUCGUGCUGUAGAUAUUCAUCGAAAUUCUAUAACAUUCUCCUACUAUUUCAUAUCCAGAUUUCAAAUCUCGUUCAUGUUUUUAAUAGUAACUGGAGUUCUUACUUUGAGCCUAAAUAUUUUUCGAGUGAGUCUCGUCAUUUACAAAUCUAUGUUAAUGAUUUGCAUAUUAAUUCAUUACUUUGCUUCAGAUUAAUAAAUUAAGUCUUUUUC